AGAGCAUGUCCAUAGACUGCAUUUGGAAAUCAAAUUAGUGAAGCUCGUUAUUUGGUGUCGGAAUGUUCGGCAAAUUAGUGCGUGUUGUGUUGGUCAUUGUGGCCUGGGUAUACAUCACGUUUGCUAUUGGUGACAUUCCGCAAACGACCUCCACGGUGUUCACCUUCAUCAGUACACCUGUUUCUUGGAAUGACGCCGCGACCGUCUGUGAAGCUAAUGGCGGGAAACUCGCAAAUGUGGAAAGCGAGGUAAAAGAAGCGUCUAUGGUCAGCGCAGUUAAACAUUUGGUCAGUCGAAAUCUUCUCGGUUCCAGCCAUUUGUGGAUAGGACUCCACCAGGAUGGUAACACCAGUGAUUACGUGUGGAGCGACUGUUCCAAUAUCACGGGAUGGCAAUCAUGGAACGAGACCUUGGACAAAGACACGACUGACCACUCCUGUGUUUCUCUGGAUGCUGAUGUACGCUGGCAUCCAUCCAACUGUUCUAAACGGCUGCCAGCUUUAUGUGAAUCGUAUCGACCAUGUGGAUGUGAGAUGGGUGAGGAGCCGAGCCGAUGUGUUGACUUUAGUAAGACCCAGAGCACCUUGGUGACUACCACGAGUCUUGGCAAGUGUCAGACCAAGUGUAUGUAUCACGUGACCGGGGACGAAGAAUGCUGGGCCGUCACAUUUUACCAACAAAAUGGCUCGUGCUACCUCCACGAGCGCAUGUCGUACGCGAGUACAUGUAUGCCGGAACUGUUAUUCUACACAAAGAACUGCUUUACGUUAACGUUCCCUGGUGCCGAAUUUGUGAAUCCAGUAUCUGUUCCUGACGCCUCCUCUUUGCCCAAGAACAAAUGUUCACGAGACGCGAGCUUUGACGUCACGUCUGCCCCCUGUCUAUACGGCUACGAUACUUCAACCGCACCGGGUUUGAGUGUUACUGUGAAGACCACGCACGUGUUGACCUCUACCGCUACUCCAUCACCGGAACACUGUGUGUGUUACAAAGAACAGAACACUACACUGGAGGAACGUCUCGAGUGGCUCAAAGCGGAGACCCGGGUGGACAAGCGUACCACGUCCCAACACAAGCGACGGAAGAGCAGCGCCACCGACUACAGACUCAGUGCCCGUGGCAUUGGGGCCGCCGGCCUCGUCAUUCUCAUUAUUGUCAUCGGUGGAAUCGUCCUUCUUGACUUCGGCAGGCUCCGACUUGACUUCAGUAGGGGCAGUAAAAACGUAGCUUUCUGUGUGUCGAAAACCAAGCGCUACAUCGAGUCUCGACAGAAGGAGUCAGUACCACAAUAAGAGACGUCUCUUUGACACUGGCCCCAGUUUCAUCACGUUCAUUUACUAUUUUGUAGCAAAAUAUAAUUCGAGUUAAGGUUAUGAAUUCAUUUUUCUAAACUUAUUUUUAUUUUUAAAGUAAGGAACGUUCUUUUAACUCGGGUCCAGCGACGAUAUUGACGGAACAUCACUUUCAAAUGUCUGAGCUACUUGAUGCAAAGCUGUUCACUCUGUCAUUUGAAGUAAACUGCCAAGCGUGAUAUUGAUAAUAAAAUGGCGUCAUAACUAAA